UCGCCGUGCCUACAUGCCAUCAGCAACACACCCAAAUGUUUCAGUUAUUUCCAAUAAACUCGUGAUGUGAAAAAUUCCAAAGUGUCAUUAAAAAUUCCCCCAUCAAAUAUGUAACCGCAAGUGAAUGAAAAAAAUUACCUCCAACAAUGUGGACAACAACUAAAACAACAAAAUACGGAGUCGCCGUGUAUAAUUGGAGGGGCGAUACGAGGUAUGGGCUACCCCUCGAGAUUGGCGAGACGGUGCAGAUAUUGGAAGAAUGCGCAGACUGGUACCGCGGUUUUUCCACGAAGAAUCGUGCAGUGAAGGGCAUAUUUCCAAGUUCCUAUAUUCACCUAAAGCCAUGCAAAAUAGAAAACGAGGGCCUCUUCGAGUCCGUUAUACCCGUCGAGGAUCCUGUGGUGAGGGAAGUCACCCUCGUACUGCGGGAAUGGGGCUCUAUCUGGAAACGACUAUACGUAGAACGAGAGAUAUACAAAUUCAACACACUGAGGAAAGUUAUGCGGGAACUUUUGGAAUGGCGGAGGCAAUUAUUGGCUGGCACAUUGACCACCGAUCAAACUCGAGAGCUCAAACUUCGGAUUAUCAACAAGGUCGACUGGGGAAAUCGAAAAUUGGGAUUAGACUUGGUACCUCGUCAAGGAGCUCACAUGGUGGACCCCGACACGAUGUCCGUGGUGGAGCUCUACCACGUGCACGUGCAGAGCGCGGAGAAUUCCCAGGGCGCAUCGGCCCGAGGCACAUUACGCCGCAAGGAGCACAAAAAAGUACUCACCCAUCACCUGUACUUCUGCAUGCGUGACUUCGGCCACUCGGUGGGCGAAGACGCGGAAAUUUACUUCUCCCUGUUCGAUUCACGACGUGGACAGUACCUGAGUGAAAGAUUUUUGGUGAAAAUAUCGAAGGAGGGCUUCUCGAAUUAUGUGGAGAAGUUGCACAGCAACUGCACGAUAUUCACGGACCUUGGUAAUGCUGAUCUGAGUCGUGACCUCUACGUGGUUGCUCAUGUCAUGCGAUGUGGACGAAUGCUUUAUUCUGAUUCGGGUAAGAAUAAAGCAGGAAGUGCUGUUUACAGGAGGCCCCAUGGGGUGGGUGUCUUGCCCCUGGCCGAGGCUGCGCAGGAUCAUGCUGAAGAGUUGGAGAUGACGUUCAAGGUAUACCAGGGAGAAGAAAAGGAGUUCCACCAGCUCCACGAGCAGAUAAUCCGCAACAACAAGUGUUCCCCCCUCCCAGGGCAGCCCAACUACGGAAUAGUAGUUUCCCUGCGGGUCCUCCACGGCGAGCUCUCCCAAGUCCGCGAGGAGAACCCCCUCCUCUUCAAGAACAUCUGCCUAACCCGCAAGCUCGGCUUCCCCGACGUGAUAAUGCCCGGCGACGUGCGAAAUGACUUGUACCUGAGACUGGAAAGAGGUGAAUUCGAGCGCGGUGGCAAGUCCACCGGAAAAAAUAUCGAAGUAACGAUGCUGGUCCUCGACGCGGAGGGCCAGCCCUUAGAGUCCUGUCUGUUCGGUGCAGCAGGGUCGGAGGGCAGCUCCGAGUACCAAAGCCUCGUUAUCUACCACCACAACAGCCCCUACUGGGGUGAAUCCGUGCGAUUAGCAGUGCCAAUAGACAAAUUCUACGGUAGUCACAUUAGAUUCGAAUUCCGUCAUUGCUCGACGCGCGAGAAAAACGAUAAGAAAUUAUUUGACUUUGCGUUUGUCCGUCUGAUGGAUCCGGACGGUGGAGCUACCAUUCAAGACGGCUCGCAUGAGCUCUUCAUUUACAAAUGCGAGGAACGUGCCAAAUUGGAUUCCCUCAGCUAUCUUUCACUGCCAAGCAACGCUAGAGAACCAAAUUAUCCGGGGAUUCCCCCGUUUACUAGAUCCCCCAAAGAAGCUGUGUUCAUAACGACUCUGCUGUGCAGCACGAAAUUGACGCAGAACGUUGACAUUCUGAGUCUUCUACAGUGGAAGGCCCAUCCUGACAAGAUAUCAGAGGCCCUGGGGAGGGUUCUGAGGCUCGACGGAGAGGAACUCGUGAAGUUCUUGCAGGAUAUUUUAGACGCUCUCUUUGCUAUGUUUCACACGGAGGACGGAAACUCCACGACGCACUCUGGUCUAGUGUUCCAAGUACUCGUGUCGAUUUUUAGCCUCUUGGAGGACUCCAAGUUCGAGCACUUCAAGCCGGUGAUGGACGCCUACAUCUCCGGGCACUUUGCAGCCGCUCUCGUUUACAAAGGACUUCUGAGCAGCGUGCAGCACUGCGCGGAGUGGGUGACGGCCGCCGAGAAACAGGAGCCCAUCAUGAAGUGCUUUAGGUCGCUAGAGUACAUCUUCAAGUUUAUUAUUCAGAGUAGAUUGCUUUUUGCGAGAGCUACUGCUGGACAGUAUGAGGACAGCUUUCGCAGGGAUCUUUUCUCGGUCUUUGUGGCGCUUAACAAAAUGCUCACGAUUCCUUAUGAGAUGGUGCAGGACUCACAACGGGCGCUACUCAUGUCCGUGUCUGCUGUCUUCGAGGAACUUACUCAGCUUCUUCCCGCCCUCGAAGUAGCCAAAUUAACCUGCACAAUGCUGGACUCAAUCCCCCGAGACCCCCCGCCCCAGCUGAUCCAAGCAAAGCUCCUCGCCAUAAAGAACCUAGUGACAUCGUCCCUCUUCCAAGACGACGAGAGUCGCAAUCUCCUCCUCUCAACAAUGUGCCGACACUUGAAGAUUCACCUGGCGAGAAGGGAGGAGCUCAGAAUGUGCACUGAGAUCCUCGGGGAGAUCCUCAGCUUUCUGCAUAAACGAGGAAGAGACACAAACAAAGUGAAUAAUUGCAUCCAUCACGAUAUUGAAACAUUGUGCAUCUCUCUGCUGGAUAUUCUCGUGCAGACGAUACUGAUCAUUAUCAAUGCUAAUGGGCCUGUCCUCGGGUGUCUCGUCGCCUGUUUGAUUGGUCUACUUCAGCAGCUCGAUGAGUAUCAUUACGCGAGACUCUGGGAGGAGCUGACGAGGGGGGGAGAGAGAAAACCUCUCAAGGAUUUUCUUCUCAGGGCUUUUCUCGUGCUCAAGGACCUAGUGCGACAGGAGAUAUUUCCCCCUGAUUGGCUGGUCAUCAGGAUGCAGGCGAACAGCGUCAUCCUGAGGAGUUUGGAGGAGCUGGCGCAGCCUCUGGCCUUCAAGUUCAGGCAUGGAAAUUUUGACUCUCAGCUGUGGUCCAUGUACUUCAACCUUGCGGUUGCUUAUUUAACUCAGCCAUCUCUGCAACUCGAGCAUUUCUCGGAGGUCAAGAGGGAGAAGAUUGUGGAGAAGUAUGGGGACAUGAGGGUUCUCAUGGGCUUCCAGAUACUCUCGAUGUGGUCGAACCUGGGGGAGAAGAAGCUGGAGUUCAUUCCUGGAAUGGUUGGACCCUUCUUGGAGGUGACGCUUGUGCCGGAGAGCGAACUCAGGAAGGCCACUCUGCACAUCUUCUUCGAUAUGAUGGAGUGCGAGCAGAGGGCCAGGGGCAGCUUCAAGUCUGUGGAGUCGGAGCUCAUUGAUAAACUGGAUAUUCUCAUCAGUGAGAACAAGGGGGACGAUGAGUAUCGACAGUUGUUUAAUACUAUGGAGCACCUCAGUGCUGUGUUGUUAGAUCGAGUGCAGUCCGAGGAUCCAACCUGGAAGGACAGUGGCACCGCCUUCAUUACCUCAGUGACUCGGCUUCUCGAGAGAUUAUUGGAUUACAGGAACGUCAUUCAGGGAGACGAGAACCGUGACAAACGCAUGUCAUGCACGGUGAAUCUACUGAACUUCUACAAAAAUGAGUUCAACCGCAAGGAAAUGUACCUCAGGUACAUCUACAAGUUGCAUGAUCUUCAUCUUGCGGCUGAGAAUUACACAGAGGCUGGAUUUACCAUGAAACUCUACGCCGACCAGUUGAGCUGGGACUCGACGACGCUUCCGGCUGAUCAUGCCCAUCCCCAACAGCCUGAAUGGCAGAGAAAAGAGCUCCUCUAUCACCAAAUUAUUCACUACUUCGACAGGGGCAAGUGCUGGGAGAAGGGCAUUCCCCUGUGCAAGGAAUUGGCGGUUCUCUACGAGAAUCGUCUCUACGACUACGCUAAACUCAGUCAUAUUCUCAAGAUGCAGGCGAAGUUCCUGGACAAUAUUCUGACGCAACUGAGGCCAGAGCCGGAGUACUUCCGAGUGGGAUUCUACGGACUCAGUUUCCCACUUUUCGUCAGAAACAAGCUGUUUAUUUAUCGUGGCCUGGAGUACGAGAGGAUAGGUGCCUUCACUCAGAGACUUCAGACUGAAUUUCCAAGUGCACAAAUAUUGAUGAAAAACUCACCACCGGAUGAGAGUAUUAUUUCCUCCGAGGGGCAGUUCAUCCAGAUCUGCAACGUCAAGCCAAUCCCCGAAGAGUCAAGCCUAGCCUGCAGUUCCUCCGAAGUCCCAGAUCGCAUAGUCGCCUUCUACCUGGUCAACGACGUUCGCAAGUUCACGUUCGACCGUCCCCUCCACCGAGGCCCAGUGGACCGUGAGAACGAGUUCAAAUCUUUGUGGAUCGAGCGAACGACUCUCCUCACCGAGGCCAAGCUCCCAGGGAUCCUGCGCUGGUUCGAGGUGAUCGAGCGUCGAUCGGAGCUGCUGGCCCCAGUGCAGUACGCCUGUGAAACAAUGCAGAACGUCGAGACAGAAUUGCGAAGACUUGUUGCCCAGUACACAGCAGAGCCCCACAGGAACAUCAACCCCUUCAGCAUGCGCCUCCAGGGGAUCAUCGAUGCUAACGUGAUGGGGGGCAUCACCAAGUACCAGGAAGCCUUCCUCACCGCAGAGUUCUCGAGGCAGAACCCGGAGAUGGUGCCCCACGUCAAUAAAUUGAAGAACCUCAUUCUGGACCAGAUGAGUGUCCUGGAGUCGGGAUUACUUCUACAUGGGCAGAUAGCACCCGCUGGGGUGCAGCCCCUGCACAAACGACUGAUCGAGAGGUUCACUCAACUGAAGCAGGGAUUAGGAUCCCUCACUAGGCAGAGAACAGUCCACCAAGACAGUAUUAUAAACUCCCCUCUACCCCCUCUUCCCAUCAACGAGAAGCAGAGGCCUGCGACCUUGGAGACCAUUGGCUCCAGGAUGUCCCACGCAGACAGUGACGGACUCCCGGAGGACGAGGGGUUCUACACAAGAGUGGACGGAGCACCCCCGCCGAUCCCCCAGAGGGAAGUGAGGCCGAGAUCCGUGGGGUACGGCUCCACUCCCCCCCGUCCCACCCACCACAGGACCCUGAGCAAACCCUUGAGUCCUAAAUUACCCCUGAGGCACUCCCUCCCAACUCCCACUGAGGGCAACGAGCAGGCGAGCAUGAGGAGCUCCUGGAGCGAACCUGGACCUGAACAGGCCCCUCCUCUGCCCCCCAGGGGCUGCACCCCCGACAAACGGGAGGUGGGGUCAGCACCUCCUGCUCCUCCGAAGAGAUUAGUCCACAAGAGGAACGAGUGGAGCACUGAGGACGACGGCGAGGAGGGAAACGAUCUGAGGGACAGUGGGAUAUCAACGACUAGUUUGUUGGAUUUUCAGAGCCACUUGAGCCAUUUGAAUAAUCUCAGUUAUGAGGACUUUGAACCCAGGUCCAGGAGCAAUGAUAUGAUGAAUAUUUCACCGCCUUCUGUGAUAAGUGCACUGAGUGUUUCCAGUGGGAGCUUCGCUGGGGCCAGCCUCCAGGGGUCGACAACUAUUUUGAGUCAGGAGUCAAGUCCACCUCCGAUUCCACCGAAAGCCAGCCAGGACCUCCCCUCAGCGCCAUCAACCCUGGAGCGACCCUCGAACCGUCUCCACGCAGCUGCACACGCUGAAAACUACUCGGUACCCAAACUACAGGCCCUCUCAGUCGCCUCAGACACCGAGAGCACCGUCUAGCAUCAUCCUAGUCCUUAGCAGUUAGUCCCACCGUCGAAAUCGGGAGCGUAACUAUUUAAUAAGCUACUUUAAGCUUGAAUAAUUCCGAGUAGGCUUGUCAGCUGCAGAUCCCUCAUUCCAAUGUCGUAAAACAGGGCAAUUCAAUUUCCCCUCGAGAUCGACAUACUUUAACACCGACAGUGCAUUUCUUGGACAAAAUUACUUAUCACAUCCAGUGCAGUCCCUUCAUUUUUUAAAUUUAAUAUUUUGCAUUUCGACUUUGCCUCCAGAAAUUGUAAUCCUCACUUUUUAACGAACACCUUCUAAUCAAACAUUCGUGUUUCACAUCAAGAAUCGUACUCAAAUGAUCAUGAAAAAUGAAAAUCGUCUAGUAUCUUGUACGAAGAACAUCAAAUCAAAAUAUUUUCCCCUC